UGCUUUGAAAUCUAUUAUAAUGUUCUCCUCUCUUUGUACAGUGAUGGCUUCAAAGAGAAUUCUGAAAGAGUUGAAGGACCUGCAAAAGGACCCACCUACUUCAUGCAGUGCUGGUCCUGUUGGAGAGGACAUGUUCCAUUGGCAGGCUACUAUAUUGGGCCCAGCCGACAGUCCAUUUACAGGAGGAGUGUUUCUUGUUACUAUCCACUUCCCACCGGAUUACCCAUUUAAGCCACCAAAGGUUUCAUUCAAGACCAAAGUGUACCACCCUAACAUUAAUAGCAAUGGUAGCAUUUGCCUAGACAUUCUCAAAGAGCAGUGGAGCCCGGCUCUCACCAUAUCCAAGGUUCUACUGUCAAUUUGUUCUCUACUGACUGAUCCAAACCCUGAUGAUCCUCUAGUCCCGGAAAUUGCUCACACUUACAAAACAGACAGGGCUAAGUACGAGAUGUCAGCUCGUUCGUGGACACAGAAGUAUGCAAUGGGAUGAAAAGGAAACACUUAUGCAUCAUCCUUUUCCCUUUUUAUUUCAAUCAAUUUCCCUAUUCCAGUAAAUAAAGUAGUAGCAAAGAUUGUUCGCUGGCUAGCUAAUACUUAUGUUACUGGUUUCCUUUUUUCUAUCCGUAUCUGACUAAGUUAAUAUGCUUUAACAAAACUAUAUGAAGCUAUUUCAUUUUCUUCA